AAUAAAAUAAAAUAAAAAUAUAUAUAAAAUAAACGUAAUCUAUCAUGGUCGUCUACAGAAAUAUUCAAAAUACACAUCGCCCUACCAAGGCUUCCUUGACUCUGGUUAUCAAGGUGGGCACUUCUUCUAUCUGUGAUGAAGUCACACAUUAUCCUUUGCUUGGUAACUUGUCUCGUAUUGUCGAAACCAUCAUUCAACUCAAGCGUAUGGGCCAUCGCGUUGUUCUCGUCACAAGCGCUGCGGUCGGUACAGGCUUAAGAAGACUCAAUAUGACUGAAAAGCCUUCUAAACUUGCCGCAAUUCAGGCUAUUGCUGCUGUAGGUCAAGGUCGUUUAAUGAGCAUGUAUGAUGAUCUCUUUGGUCAGUUCAAUCAACCCGUGGCUCAAAUCUUGUUGACUCGUAACGAUUUAGCUGAUCGCUCACAAUACUUAAACGCAGUCAGUUGCCUUGAAGAACUUUUGGAUAUGGGUGUUGUCCCCAUUAUUAAUGAAAAUGACUCCAUCUCCGUCAAAGAAAUCAAAUUUGGUGACAAUGACACUCUUUCUGCCAUUGCCUCAGGUAUGGUCAAGGCUGACUAUCUCUUCUUGAUGACGGAUGUAGAUUGUCUCUAUACGGACAACCCACGCAGUAAUCCCGAUGCAAGACCUGUACUUGUCUGUGAUGAUAUUGAACUUUUACGUAAACAAAUCACUGUCAGUGCACCCGGUAGUUCUCUCGGUACGGGCGGUAUGAUUACCAAAUUAGUCGCAGCCGAUCUCGCCACCGCCGCUGGAGUCACUACCGUCAUCGCACGUGGCGCCACACCUGAAAAUAUUAUUCCCAUCAUUGAUUCCUCCUCCAGUGAUCCCAAAAAAUUACCUUUACAUACACGUUUUGUCGCUAAACCUAAACCUCUCAUGGACCGCAAAUGGUGGAUCUUACAUGGAUUACAUACCGCUGGUACCGUCUACGUUGAAGGUGAAGAGAUCAAAAAUGCUAUUCAUGACGGUCAAGUGGAUAGCUCACUUUUCGCUCAUUCCAUCUCUAAAGUGGAGGGCUCCUUUGUUGAACAUCAGGCAGUACGUUUGGUCUUACAACAUAAGAAUGCUCAUGGUAUCAUUGAUAAUAUUACCGUUGCCAAAGGAAUCGUGAAUUACUCUUCACAGGAAAUUAUGCGUAUCAUGCUUGCUAAAGAAAGCACCAUUAUUGAUUCUCUUGGUUAUAAGGAUGCCGAUUGUAUCAUUCAUCGUGAUAACAUGGCUAUCACCGUGUAAAAGUCUCUUUCAUCAUUACUAUUUCUUUUUUCUAUAUUUUUUUGCAUAUAUGUUACCCCCUCCCACCCCCCCCCCUUUUUUUUUCUUUCUUUUUUAAUCGCAUUUCUUUAUAUUCUUUCUCUUUCUCUCAUUCUUUUUUUUCCCCCACCGAGAAAUAAACUUUACCUCUCUAUUUUUUUUUAAAAAAACUGAUAAACUAAUUGAAUCAGUCCAAGUGUGAAAUGUCUAUCAUGUUCUAUUAAGUUCUCUCUACGCUAUCACAUGUUCUAAUUACGUUGUAUAUAUCACUUUAUAUUUC